AUGUUUUUUUGUCAAAAUGUAGAACAUGAAGGAAGUCCAAUCGUAGGUUUUUGUCUUUCUGCUGGUUGCAAGGAACCUAAAUCACAAUUUUGUGUUGAAUGUUUAAUCAAUCCUUAAAAACAUGAAAAAUGUAGAAAUGAUUGCAAGCGAUUUGAUAAAAUUGACAUACUCCUAGAUUUUAUUAUUUAUGAACAUAAGAAAAUGAUAGUAUAGAUUGAUUAGAAGUUUCAAUAAGUCAAACAGCAGUAUUAAAACUCAGUCAAAUAAAUUUAUAAAGAAUAACAAAAGUUUUCAGAGAUGAUCAAAAAUUUGAAAAAAUAUAAAUUCAAAGAAUUUUGUGAAUAAAUUGGCAGCAUCAAGAAUUGGAAUAGAAUCUUAAAAUCAUCUCAAAUUGAGAAAGAAAUUAUUAAUCUCUGUAUUUAUAUUCUUAAUAAUUAGGGUUGAAAGAAGGAAUUGAAUUAACAAAUAAUACCAAUGUGCUUUAGUAAAAUUGGAAAAAGUUUUAAAAGAAGAUAAAUCCAAUUAUUUAGCAUGGUUUUAUUAAUGUAUAAUAAAUUAAAAUAAGGUGUUAUAUUAAUGUAAUUGGAGAAUAAUUGUAAGCCUUUUGAAAUGUUAGAGAAAUUCUAAAUUGAACAUCCUAACUUUUAAGAAUAAACUCUAAAAGAGGUAGAGGAAAAGUUAAGAAUUAAGAAGAGCGAUAUUUCUAGCUUGAUACUAUAAAGUAUCGAUGAAUUAUAAUUAAAGAUUAUGCUUUAAUAAAAUUCAAGAAAAGAAAUGCCAUCAUUAAAAAUCAAAAAAAUAUAGACUUUAUGAUAUCUUGUGAUACUAUUUUAAGUUUAGAUUAAAAUAAUGUUUAUGCUUUAUGGAUGAAAAGUAUAAAUUUAAAUAAUUAAUAGUUAUAUCAUUAAUGGAAAUAAAAUAAUAUGAAUAAGCUAUUUCAAUUGCUGAAUAAUGUAUAAUAUAAUUCCCUAAAAAAGGAUAUUUUUAUUAUAUAAAAGGUAUUUAUAAUAUUAAUCAUUAAAGGGUUUGGCUUAAAAAAUUAAAAAAAAUAUGAUGAGGCAUUAGAUUUUUAUGAUUAAUCAAUUACACUAGAUUCAAAUAAUAUUGAUGCCUUUUUUGAAAAAGGUUUUAUCUGCAUAAUUUUCUUAAGGUAAUACUUUAGACUAUUUGAAAUAACAUGAACAAGCCAUAUCUUGCUAUGAGAAAGUGAUUUCCCUAGAUCCAAAUAAUGUUGAUGCUUAUAAUUAAAAAGGUUUCAUAUGCAUCAUUGAAUUUUAGGCAAUUCUUUACGCAAGUUGAAAAAAUAUGAAUAGGCAAUUAUAUUCUAUGAUAAAGCGAUUUCACUAGAUUCAAAUAAUUUUAUUGCAUAUAAUAACAAAGGUUUUAUUUCCAUAUUUGAAUUAUAGGUAUCUCUUUAAAAAUAUUGAAAUAAUAUGAAGAAGCAAUUAAUUGCUAUAAUAAGGCGAUUUCUAUAAAUCCAAAUUAUGUUGAUGCAUAUUUUAACAAAGGUUUAUCUCUAUAAUAGCAUUUAAGGUAUCUCUUUAGAUGAUUUAAAAUUCUAUGACCAAUCAAUUAUUUGCUAUGAUUAAAUGAUUUUACUAUCUCCAAAUAAAAUAAUUGCCUAUCUUAACAAAGGUUUUGUCUCCAUAAUUGAGCUCUAGGUAAUUCUUUAAAGAAUUUGAAAUAAUAUAAAUAAGCAAUGGUCUGCUAUGAAAAAGCGAUUUCCCUCGAUCCAAAUAAUGUUGAUGCCUAUAAUAACAAAGGUUUGUCCAUAUAUGAAUUUUAGGUAAUACUUUACACGAAUUGAAAUAAUAUGAAGAAGCCAUUAUCUACUAUGAUAAAGCCAUUUCACUAGAUCAAAAUAAUUUUAUUGCCUAUAAUAACAAAGGUAUGUCCAUAUAUCAAUUUUAGGUAAUACUUUAUACGAAUUGAAAUAAUUCGAAAAAGCAAAUUUCUGCUAUGAUAAAGCGAUUUAAUUAGAUCCAAAUUAUGCUAAUGCAUAUUUUAACAAAGGUUUUAAAUCAUAUUCUAUUUAGCAAAUUUGUUAUGUGUUUUGGAUUUAAAUGAAUAAGCUAUCAAAAAUUUUUAAUUAGCAUUAUAACUUAACCAUCCUUAUUAAAUUUUUAUUCAAAAAAAAUUUAAUUAAUAAGAACAAAAUUAUAAUCUUGAGCUAUACAAUUUCAUAUAAUAGUAUUUUGAUUUUUCAUUUGAUUAGUUUUUUUCCUCAUUUUAAAAAUUAAAUUUUUAUAUCAUCUUUCUUUAACUUAUUAUUAAAUUAAUAAUAUAAUCCAUUUUAUUUGGGAUUAUUAUUUAUUGUUUUACAAAUAAUUGA